UACUACAUAUAUCUUAAUCUAAGUCAUUACUCAUAAUUAAUCUCGAGGAGCAAUAAAUCAAUUAAUGGCCUACAGAAAAAGAAGACAACAAUGACACCUAAAUUUGUGGCCAAAUAUAACUCCUAUGGGCCUCCCUACACCACUCCUCCUUCCCCUUCCACAACCAUCCAAACCUUUCUUGCAAAAAAUUGAACCAACAAACUUUGCCAUUUAGCCAAAAAUUCCUGUAAAUGCGAAAAUUUUAGUACCAAAAAAAAAAAAAACAUUGAAUUAAAUAUGCGUAAUGGAUUCACACUUCCUUCAACUCAAUUAAAAUCAACUCCUCAAAUCCUAAUUUUCUCUCAUCACAAUCAAAAUUACUCCCCAAGAACAUAUCUUUAUCCCUUUACUCUUCACCUUCAAACUCAUUUUCUCUCUCCUACUUCUGUACCUGUACUUAGAUGCUGCUAUGGCAGUCAUGUAAUUGAUCUUUUGGUGCUGGGUUCACAUUCUUCAAUACCCAGUUCAAUAAAUUUGAGGAAGAAGCAGAGAUAUAAAGUAAAAGCUAGUGUUAGAGAAACCCCAUAUCAAGUUUUGGGGGUUUCUUCUUCUGCUACUCCUAAUGAAAUUAAAAGGGCUUAUCGAAAACUUGCUCUUAAAUAUCACCCAGAUGUUAAUAAAGAGGCAAAUGCUCAAGAGAAAUUUAUGAGAAUAAAGCAUGCAUAUAAUACGUUGAUCAACUCUGAUUCUCGAGAUAGAUAUGAUGCGGGCAAUCGCAGAUCUGACUUUUCGUAUUCAUCUUCUGGAAGAAGUCAGAGCACCCAAGAAGAGGAAGAAUUCUAUGGAUUUGGUGAAUUUUUGACGGAUGUCCAAAUUACAGUAGGUGACUUCUUUAGAGAUCUACAGGAAGAAUUUCAAAACUGGGAAGCCAAUGCCUCAUCACAAGGGAAGCCGAAGAGCUUAUGGGAAGAGUUAUCGGAAAUAGGUGAAGAGUUUGUUGAAUUUUUGGAGAAGGAACUUAAUAUAACCAAUGAAGAUAUUGGUGGUGAGGCACCUAGAGAAGAUUCUUUUAAAAGUUCUGGUGCUCAAAGAGCAAAUAAUGUUGAUAAUGGAACAGGAGGGAAAAACAAAAACAGCAUUGAAGAGAGUAUUGACGACAUUGAAGCUGCUCUUGCUCAAUUAAAGAAGGAAUUAGGCAUAUAGCAGUAAAAUUACUUGUUCUUUUGCUUAAAUUUUGGUGUAUAUUAUAACACAAAACUAUAUCAUGAUACCUAAAUACCUUUUUGGUCAUGCUUUAGUUGUUUACAAAGAUUAUGUCCUACACAGGAGAACCUAUGCUCCAAAUGGAGAUGCUUCUUUUCAAAUGAAUAUAACUUGAGUUUAAUCAA